AUGGAUACAUCAAUUUUUGAAGAAGCAUCGUACGAUAUUGCAUAUAACGUGAGUGAGCAUUAUAAUUCCACCGACGUUAAUGUUUUGUCUUUGAGUGAAGAUGACACACCACUUGUAGAACAGGAGAAAGAAUCUGAAGACGUUAUUCAGAGAAAGGAUGAUGCUACGUUCUUGGAUCACAAUGGAAUUUCAAUAGAGGAAAUCUCGUACGUAGGAUUGAGAUUUAAUUUGUUGCAGUGGGCACAAGAGUUCUAUUCUAAUUAUGCAAAGAAAGUUGGGUUUGUGACUAGGAUUAGGAAUACCAACUUUGACAAGACCAGGAAGGAAUUAAAGGUACCUAUUAACCAAUCGAUACACUUCAGUCGUGAAGGUUAUCGGGAGUCUCAAGUGAAGGCAGCAACGCGGGUAAAGAGAAUAACAACAGCCGGAUGCAAAGCGAGGAUGUACGUGAUGCUUGAUAGGCAGAAAGAUAAUUGGAUGGUGUCCAAAUUAGAAUUGAAGCACACCCACACGUGUUCUGCCAAGCAAGCUGUGCAUUACAGUGAGUACAGGGAACUGACCAUGCAUACCAAGUGUGUGAUUCAGAACAACGAUAAGGCUGGCAUACGGCCUAACAAGACUUACACUGACGAACGAGAUGUGAAGGAAAUGAUUAGCUAUUUCAUGCGAAUGAGAUAUAUAAACCCGAAUUUCUUUUAUGCAGUUGAUGUGGACGAAACUAACAAGUUUAAGAGUGCGCUAUGGGUAGAUGCAAGAUGCAGGGCGUCCUAUGAAUAUUUUGGAGAUGUGGUAUCGUUUGAUACAACGUACAGUAGAAACAAGUAUGUGUCUCUGCCUCCAUUGUAA